AUGGUACUGUCAGAUGGUGAGCUCUUCGGCGCUGUCGGCUCUGUCUACGCGGACGCCAAGGAAAUUGGGACGCACUGCAUGUCCGAACGUGCCGACUACACCACUUUGCUCACCGUAUGCAGGAAAUGGGGUCUCAAACUCGGCGUGUUCUAUCCUGUUUUCCUGCGCGGACUGUACACGCCGGAGGCGGUGCAAUAUUGUAGCAAAGCCUUGAGGAAAACGACCUCCCUCACAACGGCAACGAUGGCUCUCGCCCAAGGUCUGGCCCGAGCACGAGCAUUCGACGGUGCGAAAUCAUUCCCUUACGCCUGGCUCAAAGAUGGGGACGUCUACUGGAAACAGCUCAUGACUUGCACUGCAUCCCUCUGGAAGUUCGCUGGAGACGUCGUGGACGGCACGCGAAGGAUGUGGGGCGAAGUCGAUUCUUUGUUCCCUGCGCGGUGUGGACCGUGCAGCUUUUACAAAACCAAAAAGAAAGCUUCGCGGUGCUGCUACAUGCGGCGCCACCUCGCCCGCUUCAUCACGAUUCUGGUGUUCGGGUUCCGCGCCCCUCUUUCGCCAGCUUGCUGGGCGAUGGCGUGCUCCGGCGUGGGCUCCGCCGGCCCCAAAGGCGCCCAGACGUUCGAAGCGCAGAUCCAGGUCGACGGACGUCGACGCAGCCUGGGCACGUCGCGGACCGCCAGGGGCGCGAAGGAAUUGCGCCAGAAAGCUUUAAGGAAAGUGCGGCGGACAGGCACUUUCGAAAAGAAGAAGAAGAAGUCCAAGAAUGUCGGGAUCUACAAGCACAGAAAUGGGUAUCAGGUGGUCUGCUACGUCAAUGGAGAGACGCACGCAGGCCCCAAAUGCAGCAGCAUGAGGGCGGCCAGGCUUGCGCGGGACGCACUGUUCCGCAAGCACGGCCGGGCCGCGUGA